CUAGUCGCAUCGCAGCGUAUUGCUGUGUUCAAUACGGAUGAGCAGUCGGUCGUACGAGUGCUGUAUCUAGGCGAUGGAAUUGGAGAUAAUGAAGAAGUUUCCGGUAUUGGAGAUUCACAGACGGCCGCAACGCAUCCAAAUGGGGUUAUUGUCUCUGAAGGUUGCUUGAUGGUUGAUGAGAAAAGGUCUGCAGCUACGUUUUACCGCUCUGCCGUGAAGUGGCCAGUCCGACAGUCUCACCACAUAGGUAUGCCACCAGGUGGGUGGGUAGUACGCAUGAACACCUUCGAGUGUAUGUGCCCCUACUUCACAAAAAUUUUAUCGUGCGCCCAUGCGGUCGAGUUGCGUUUGGUCUAA